AGAAAAAGUCUAAACUCAGUAUCUCACACAAAUACACAUAAAUGGCGCACUCCGACAUUUUGGCUUCAUUGGGAUAAAAUAUGCAGGGUGCACAGUGUGGUCAAGGGUAACGGGAAGCCAGGGUUCUGAGGAGAGUAUUUUCACGUGCAGGGUUCUGAGGAGAGUAUUUUCACGUGCAGGGUGGACUGGCUGAGCAACCCGAGUAGACAAGCCCACCAUGAGGGAUGCCAUCAUUUCCAACAAUAUCAUCUUAAAUCCACUCCAGGAUUGGGUUAUUAUUUUUAAAACACGGUGCUUAGCAGUAUUUGUUUACUGUUAAAAUGGAAAAUUAUGAAAAAGGAAAUGCGCCAUCAGAGAAACAAAUGCCGGAGCCCCCUCGCUGGCACCAUGGCAACCGCUCGACCCGCGCGGGAACAGGCGUGAUUCGCGCCAGCUGGGACACCGUUGCCAUGGCGACGCCCGAGCGACUCCGCCGCGGGGGCGGGACGGGGCGGGGCUGACGCCGCUCGCGGGCUGGCCCCAUCCUCCACUGCAGCAGUAACGUCGCGGCGGGUUGCGGGUAGGACUCGACGCUGGGGCAGUCGCGCAGCGCCUGAGCCGCUGCAGGCCGCCGCGGCCGCCGCUGCCCACCCUUGCCUCUGCUGUCUCCAGCCACGCUUCUCCGGCUUUCCUGCUCCUCUGCUGCCUUCGUUUCUGGUCCUCGGCCGUCCUCGCCGCCCGCCCAGAGGAGUCCCCGCGCCCGCCAAGAAGCCGCUCUCCGCUGGUCUGCAGCCGCCGCGACUUCGGCACAGUCUCUCCCUCAGGCUAGUCUCCCAAACGGCCGCUCCUCGCCCGCGGGAAGACCAGGCUGCGACCGCGAACGCCCGAUCCUCUCCAGGAGCCGCAGCGAGCGCCCGGCGGCCACGCCCCGCGACCACACCCCGGCUGAUUUCGGCCCUGCGCGCCUGCCUUCGCCGCCCGCCCUCGCUCCUUGCCCGCUGCACUACGACGCGACAGCCCGGCUGCAGGCUGCGGACCCGACCGGACCCAGACGCAAGAUGGCGACGGCCGCGUGACUGCCUCAGCGUCCCCGAGCUCAACUCCAAGUGCACCUACGGACUGACUUGGGGGGAGCAGAGAAGGGCGAGAUCAGGACUCUGUGUCUUUGUUAAUCGUGAAUGCAUGAAGCCUACCUCCCUCGGGCCGACUUGGUGGGAGUGUCUGGUAUUGUUCUAAGGCCAGGAGUACGGUGAGCCACAGUCUGUUGGUAGAAUUGGCGUCUUGAUAGUUGAGAAAAUGGCGAUGACACUGUUGGAAGACUGGUGCCGGGGGAUGGAUGUGAACUCCCAGAGAGCUCUGUUGGUCUGGGGCAUCCCAGUGAACUGUGAUGAGGCUGAAAUCGAAGAGACCCUCCAGGCAGCGAUGCCCCAGGUCCCCUACCGAAUGCUUGGGAGAAUGUUCUGGAGGGAAGAAAAUGCGAAAGCAGCCUUAUUAGAGCUCACUGGCGCUGUCGAUUACGCCGCGAUCCCCAGGGAGAUGCCGGGCAAAGGAGGGGUCUGGAAAGUGUUGUUUAAGCCCCCAACUUCUGAUGCUGAAUUUUUAGAAAGAUUGCACCUCUUCCUAGCUAGAGAGGGGUGGACCGUGCAAGAUGUUGCCCGUGUCCUUGGGUUUCAGAACCCUACUCCGACCCCGGGCCCAGAGAUGCCAGCAGAGAUGCUAAACUAUAUUUUGGAUAAUGUUAUUCAGCCUCUUGUUGAGUCCAUAUGGUACAAGAGGCUGACACUUUUCUCGGGGAGGGACAUCCCAGGGCCUGGAGAGGAAACCUUUGAUCCCUGGCUGGAGCACACUAAUGAGGUCCUAGAGGAGUGGCAGGUGUCCGAUGUAGAAAAGAGGCGGCGGUUGAUGGAGAGUCUUAGAGGCCCCGCCGCUGAUGUCAUUCGCAUCCUCAAGUCCAACAACCCCGCGAUAACCACUGCCGAAUGCCUGAAGGCGCUUGAGCAGGUGUUUGGGAGCGUUGAGAGCUCUAGGGAUGCCCAGAUCAAAUUUCUGAACACUUAUCAGAACCCGGGAGAAAAAUUGUCUGCUUAUGUCAUUCGUCUGGAGCCUCUGCUACAGAAGGUGGUGGAGAAGGGGGCCAUUGAUAAAGAUAAUGUGAACCAGGCCCGCCUAGAGCAGGUCAUUGCUGGGGCCAACCACAGCGGGGCCAUCCGAAGGCAGCUGUGGCUUACCGGGGCUGGGGAAGGGCCGGCCCCAAACCUCUUUCAGUUGCUGGUGCAGAUCCGUGAGGAGGAAGCCAAGGAGGAGGAGGAGGAGGCUGAGGCCACCCUUCUGCAGUUAGGCCUGGAAGGGCACUUCUGAGUGCCAGGAAAGGCAGCUUUAGUGCAGACCUAGAUCACAGCUAGUUUUCUUGUCCCUGUGGGGUCUUACAGAUGUGUCUCUGAGUAGUAAAGGCUUAGCCCUGUUGCGUUUUGUUGUUUUUUUUGGAGGGGAAGGUUAGUCAGGCCUGAGUAUUCAUGUAACAUUCUAAAAUUGUGCAAGCGAGCACCGUGAGCUGCUACAAUGCAAGUGGGUCUUGCUGGCCAAAGUGCCAGGUAAAGGGUUAGUUGGACACAGCGCUUAGUGCACGCUGUCAUCACGGACAUCAUAAUCAGUUGUGAAAAACACGUGAACCUCUGACACUUCCUAUUCCACACUGAAUGUGAAAUUGCAUGGUCAGAUGGUUACUACGGGGCCUGGCUCACAGGAAGUGUUCAGUAAAAGUAUGAACUAUUAGAUUACUGAUAGCGCAGAUAGAUUUUUGUUUACCAUAAAUAGUUCCAGAUUUAUAUUGAUGGAAGGAAAUGUGCAUUUAUUAGCUAUUACUCAACUUUACAGUGCAAACAUCUUAUUUCUCAUCUUUAAACGUGUCGAUCACUUGAAAAAUAUUCUGAGACUGCAAAAUGGGGUGUUUAAAAAUACUGCAAUUACGGAGCUGUGUAAACCAGUUUCUCAUUGCAUACGAUACAGAUGUAAAUUGCAUGGAGAGGUUGAUAUACACCUGUACAGUAAUUCACUCCCCCAUUUCAGAUCUUUGUCGGAGAAUAGUUCUUGUUCAUACUGAGUGUUCUAAAUUUGAAGUUAUAUAUAGAAAUUAAAAUAUUUUAAAAAUUC